CAGAAGAAUCCAUCACAUGUGAGCAUAUAUGUCUAAUCCAAUGAUAUACAAACAAAAGUAGUGACACAUUUGUUGCCUUUCAUAAUGUCUCAAAAACGAUAUAAACAAUAACAAGUAACAGUAGAACUCUUUUUAAAAUAAAAAAAAAUAGUUGUAGGACGACAUAAGCAAAUUUCCGUGGCGAGUUGUAAUUUGUAUACACAGAUACAGAGCAAGCGGGAGUGAAGCUUUAGACUUGAACACCGCCAGACAAACUCAAAACAUGGAAUCAAUGGUUCUCUAUCCAACACCGGCCAUUGGCCACCUUAUCGCCAUGGUUGAGCUAGGAAAGCUAAUUCUCACGUCAAAACCUUCACUCUCCAUCCACAUCCUCAUCGCCACGCCUCCUUACAACGCCGAUGACACCGCGGCAUACAUCGCCGGCGUCUCCACCACCACUCCUUCCAUCACCUUUCACCACCUCCCACCAAUCUCCCUCCCUCCUGAGCUUUCUACCGCUUCGCCCCACCACGAAACUCUAACCUUCGAAGUCAUUAGACUCAACAAACCGAUCGUUUCUCAAGCCUUACUCUCCAUCUCUCAAAACAACACCAUCCACGCCUUCAUCAUGGACCUCUUCUGCGGAAGCACGCUCACCGUCUCCGCCGACCUCAACAUCCCUACUUACUUCUUUUACACUUCCGGCGCGGCUAGCUUAUCUUCCUUCCUUUACCUUCCAACCCUUCACGAGACUAUCCCAAAGAGCUUCAAAGACCUCAACAACACUCUUCUCCACUUCCCAGCAACCCCGCCAAUUCCGUCCCUAGACAUGCCAAAACCACUCCUUGAUCGUCACGAUAAGGCUUAUCAGUACUUUCUUGAAUCGUCUGCUAACCUCCCAAAAUCAGAUGGAAUUCUUGUGAACACGUUCGAGUCACUGGAGCCUAGAGCACUCAAAGCCGUAAGGGAAGGAUUGUGCGUACCACAUGCGCCCACGCCCCCGAUAUACUGCAUCGGACCGUUGAUUACGACCAAAGAGCAAGAAGGAUCUAAUUCUGAGUGCUUAAAAUGGUUGGACUUACAACCAAGACAUAGCGUGGUUUUUCUCUGUUUUGGCAGCUUAGGCUUGUUCUCUAAAGAGCAACUGAAGGAAAUAGCGGUGGGGUUGGAGAGGAGUGGCCAGAGGUUCUUGUGGGUGGUGCGAAAUCCGCCUCCGCCGCAGCAGAAAAACCAAAGCGUGGCUAUUUCUGAAUCGCUGGAAAUAGAGUUGGAUUCGUUAUUGCCACCAGGGUUCUUGGAUCGGACGAAAGACAGGGGUCUGGUGGUGAAGAACUGGGCCCCACAAGUGGAGGUACUGAGUCACGACUCGGUGGGCGGCUUCGUGACUCACUGCGGGUGGAACUCUGUCCUGGAAUCGAUCUGUGCAGGUGUGCCGAUGGUGGCGUGGCCGCUCUACGCGGAGCAGAGGUUCAACAGGGUUGUGCUUGUUGAGGAAAUCCAGAUCGCUUUGCCCAUGAAUGAGUCCGAUGACGGGUUUGUGAGCGCCAGUGAAGUUGAGAAGCGGGUCACUGAGUUGAUGGCAAGCUCCGAAAGCGGCGGCUCGUUGUGGAAGCCUGCGUUAGCGUUGAAGGACGAGGCCAGAGCUGCUCUGAGCGACGGUGGGUCGUCCAGAGUUGCGUUAACCAAACUCACGGAGUUGUGGGAGGGUCGUUGAGUUGGUAGACCAAACGCACGUGCACAUUACACGACAAAAUAGGAAUUUCCACUUCAAAUGCCGGUUCUCCUGGAUUUAUCUGUUUUGGGUUCAUUAAAAUUGACAGUUGAGGGUAGGAAAGGAAGAAAUAUGAUUUGGUGAGAGAUUGUCAUUUAAUUUCCU